AUGUACACCGCCAUGGAUCUUGAGACGAGACUCCUAUGGGAGUCUUGUGGACUGGCUACCUUGUUUGAGACCUCCGAGGCGAUGGUUUCCUCUUGUGGGGGUCACCAUAUAGUGCGUGCUUUGCUUGAGUUCUUCUGGGACACUACCAACACUUUUCACUUCCCUUGGGGCAAGAUGAUGGUCACCCCCACGGACUUUAGUCUCAUCACAGGACUAGAGUUCAACUCUGUGCCACUGUCGUUUGACAGUGGAAUCGACGUCUUCUCUACCGAGGUCAAGGAACUGUUGGGGUCGAUCACUAUUCGGGCCCGAGCUGAGGUCGAGACGUCUCAGUUUAGUGCCAAGGGGAUUCGCCGCUCGACGCUGGCAGCGGCUUUUGAUGACAAUGCGACCUCUCGAGAGCAGCACGUGCGCAUCUUUGCACUGAUGUUGUUGUCAGGGUCGUUCUCUCCUUACAAGGGUAGUAGGGCGUUGCUUUACUACCUUCCUGUUGUCCGCGAUCUACACUGGAUCGGGACUUAUGACUGGGCCAGCUUGGCCUACGCUGACUUCAUUCGUGCACUGAGGGACUCGUGUCGACACCGGUCUUUUGGCAAGAAUGUUUCUUUGUCCGCCUUUUGGAAGGUUGUAGAGGUAAACAUUAUUCCCUAUAAAGUUUAG